AUGUGUCACAUUAACUCCUCCCACAGAGGAGGAGGAAGGAAUGGAAGCAGCAAUGGAAGGAGUUAUACUCUAACUCACCCAAAUUUAUGGAGAACUAUCUCCAAGAAGGGAAAUAUAUGUGUCCCUUCAUCAUCAUCUUCUAAAGGGAUAGAAGAUUUAAUGGCAAAAGAGAAUAUGCCUGAACCAUUCUCUACUGUAGUCAAGAGAGAUGUAGAAUGGCACCCUUGUAUGUCCAGAUCCUUACGACUUGGAGAACCAAUCGAGUGUGAUCCUGAGAUUGAAAGGACCUUGCGUCAUAUUAGGAAGAAGGCACGAGAAACAAAGGACAAUUUGAAAAGUAAAAACACCAUGGGAGACCAAGAAAACCAAUGCAAUCAAGACCGAUCCUUGAAGGAGUUUGCAUCACCAACCACCCAUAGCUCCCAAUCUAGCAUCUUGAAGCCUAAUGUUGCUGCCAACAAUUUUGAACUCAAGCCUUCACUCCUCUCCAUGGUUCAGCAAAACCAAUUUGGAGGCACUCCAAUCGAAGACCCAAACCUCCACAUCUCAAUCUUUUUGGAGUAUUGUGACACCUUGAAGAUGAAUGGAGUGUCGGAUGAUACAAUCAAGCUAAGGUUGUUUCCCUUCUCACUAAGAGACAAGGCAAGGGCUUGGCUGCAAUCACUUUCACCGGGCUCCAUCACUACAUGGGACCAACUCUUAGAAGCGUUCCUUGCUAAGUACUUCCCUCCGAGCAAAAUAGCCCAAUUGAGAAAUCAGAUAACAACCUUCACUCAAAAAGAAGGGGAGUCAUUGUAUGAUGCAUGGGAGAGGUACAAGGAUCUUCUAAGGAUGUGUCCACAUCACAAGUUAGAGGAUUGGCUCAUAAUUCACACUUUCUACAACGGUCUUCUCUACAACACAAGGAUGACCGUGGAUGCUGCAGCGGGUGGUGCAUUGAUGAACAAAAGUGUACGAGAUGCAAAACAACUCAUAGAGGAUAUGGCGCAGAACCAUUUCCAAUGGUCAGGUGAGCGCUCUUUACCCAAAAAGAGCGGGAGGUAUGAUGUAGAUGCAUUAGACCACAUUGCUUCUAGAGUAGAUGCUUUAUUUCAAAAAUUUGACAAGAUGAGCAUGAAUUCAGUAGCAUCUAACUCUACUAACUGUGAAAUAUGUGGUAUCAUUGGACAUUCUGCUGUGGAAUGUCAGAUUGGAAACUCCCCUUCCCCUGAUGCACCAUUAUCUGAACAUGUUAAUUAUAUGAAUAAUUUUAAUCAGAAAGGGGACCCUUUUUCCAAUACAUACAACCCGGGGUGGAGAAAUCAUCCUAAUUUAUCCUAUAAAAAUCCACCCCUGAACCCGAUUCCUCACUCAAAUUUUCGACCUCCAGGUUUUCAAACCCCUAGACUCCCUUACCCUAGUCCCCAAAAGUCCAACUUAGAAAGCUUGAUGGAAAAUUUCGUGACAUCCCAGAAUAAGCAAAAUGAAGAAUUUAGAAGGAGUGAUCAUAGGGAUGUGAUUGAUGAGAGUGAGAAGUUGGUGACAAGUGAGAAAGAGCAUAUUGGUGAGAAAGGGGAGAAUGUUGAGAGAUAUGUAGCACCUGCACCUUAUAAGCCUCCACUACCCUUCCCUCAAAGGCAAGUUAAAGCUAAGUUGGAAAAACAGUUUGGGAAAUUCAUAGAAAUCCUUAAAAAAUUGCAUAUUAACAUCCCAUUUGUUGAAGCCAUUUCCCAAAUGCCAUCCUAUGCCAAAUUCUUAAAGGAGAUUCUAUCAAAUAAGAGGCGAUUAGAGGAAUAUGAGACUGUAGCCUUGACCCAAGAGUGUAGUGACAUCAUACAAAAUAAGCUACCACCUAAGCUUAAAGAUCCUGGCUCAUUUUCAAUCCCUUGCACAAAUGGUGAUAUGUCAAUUAAUUGUGCUCUAUGUGAUCUCGGUGCUAGUGUCAGUCUUAUGCCAUUGUCUAUAUGUAACAAGUUACAGAUGGGAGACUUGAAGCCUACUACUAUCUCCCUCCAAUUAGCGGAUCGAUCGGUUAAACGUUCGGUAGGUAUAUUAGAGGAUGUACCCAUCCAGGUUGGAUUCUCAAAUCCCCAUUAUAUUGGGAAGACCUUUCCUUGCUACCGCUGGAGCGAUAAUUGA